UGUCAAGACAUUCCUUUGUGUUGAUUAUGAUUGCAGUGAUAUAAAAAUUAAUAUUUUGUAUCUUUUAUGACGUGACACAAAAUUGAUAGACUUUUCGUUGGUAUUUGAGUUGUUUGUCUGUUGAGUGAAGAAUAUUGAAGGCUACGCUGUUGAGACAACCCCACGUUGUGACAAGUUCAGACGAUUCUGUCAAGUGGCGUCCAUGAGGAUUUAUCAGCAAAUGUUAAGGGUGGAUUGUGUGAUUAAUAUUAUUGAAAAGGACAAUGAGUCUGCCGAGUGUCAGUGAUUAUUCCAUACUGGAAAAAAUUGGAUCGGGAAGCUACGCUACUGUCUAUAAGGCUUUUAAAAAGAAUGGAUCCAAAGAAGUCGUCGCUAUAAAAUGCGUGGACAAGUCGACACUUUCGAAAUCGGCCAUUGACAAUCUCAUUACCGAGAUAAAUCUUCUCAAGAUUCUCAAGCAUCGUCACAUCGUCGAGAUGAGAGAUUUCUUUUGGGACGACGGGCAUAUUUACAUUGUCAUGGAAUAUUGCGACGGGGGAGACUUGUCGAGCUUCAUAAAACGGAAGCACAAACUGCCAGAGAACGUUUGCCGCAAAUUCUUGCAGCAAUUGGCACUUGCACUGAGGUAUUUGCGAAGUCACGAAGUCUGCCAUAUGGAUCUAAAACCGCAAAAUCUUCUUUUAACGAAAAAGCCACAAUUAACACUCAAGGUUGGAGAUUUUGGUUUCGCUCAGUAUCUCUCCUCACAAGAAAAAAAAUUCACAAUUCGUGGCUCGCCGCUUUACAUGGCGCCGGAAAUGUUGCUCCAACAUAAGUACGACGCCCGCGUCGAUCUCUGGAGCGUCGGCGUCAUCAUGUACGAAUGUCUCUUCGGCAAAGCUCCAUAUUCCAGCAGCAGCUUUCAGGAACUGGCAGAGAAGAUCAAAGAUCAAAGACCAAUAGAGCAGUUACCAAAAGGUUGCCAUGUAUCAAGUGAAUGUAAGGCUCUGCUGAUGUCGCUUCUUAAGCACAAUCCUAACGAGAGGAUAACCUUCGAAGAAUUUUUCUCUCAUGACUUUCUGGACCUGGUCCACGCACCCACCCAGGACAACUACGACAAGGCUGUAGCCCUUGUUCAACGUGCCGUGAAGCUGGAUACUGAAAAGAAUCAUCGCGAAGCCUUUCAUCUUUACUGCGACGCCCUACGAUACUUCAUACCUCUUCUUAUCAAUGAACCUGAUCCCCAGAGGAAAAAAGCUCUAAGGUUACGUGUCAACGAUUACAUUAAGCGUGCCGAGAGACUGAAGCAGGUAUGCUACGAAGACGGCACUGAGAAGACAGGAUCAUCGGCUACCUCGGAUGGCAAAACAGAGCGCCCGUUGAAUAAAUCAGGAUCGUUGGAUCGGAACGCCCAUAAUGAUUUACGUGUCCUCAGUAGAAGCACUACGGGAAUGAAGGACGCUUUAGAAAUAGGAGAGGUCGGCGAGCUCUAUCUUGCCGAAGGUAACUACGCUCUUGCCCUAGAGAAAUUUCAAUCAUCCCUUAGCGUUUUGGUGCCACUUCUGGGAAAGGAGCCACCUGGUCACAGACGAGAACUUUUACUUAAACAGAUCCAACUGUGGAUGAAGAUGGCCGAGAGUACGAAGGGACUUCUUGCCACUAUGGAUAUAGAGGAUACGCAACAGGGCAGUGCAGAAUCGCAGGAACAAUGUACUAUACAAUAGAAACAAUUUUAAUUUAUUAAUUAAAGCUUAUUUAUUAAUUACCAUCACGAGUACCAUUCAGGAUUGUCUUUCAAAGUCUUUUUUUGAAAACACUAUAAAUAAUUACAAUGCUGAUGCAUAACGGUAUAAUGAUUUUAUUUGAAACACUUGUACGCGAAUUUUUGUAGAUAAUAAAGGAUCACGGGAUAUAAAUAAAUUAUACAAGUUUUCAGAUUUUACUUGUUUAACGGAUCGUUCGAUGAUGCUUUUAUUAUCUUAAGCUUCAAGAGGAGAGACGGUUUCACUGUAAAUUGACAAAUCUGGGCUCGAUACAAUUUUCGAAGAUAACUAUUGACACUUAGAGCCAACAGUAAGUAUGGGGUUGUUCGUGAAAUUCUUUUUGUUAGAAACACGGAGACAUUCUUGCACUUUCCUAGUUUCUCGUGAUGUCGGUAAUGACAGAAUUCGAACUUUGCCUUAGUUACCGACAGAGUUCAGUUCUUCGAUGUACGUCGCAAUAAGCUAAGGAAUUGUAUAGAAGUUUAUGGUUGGCCAUGAGUAAAGCUAUGCUAUACUACUAAGAUAGUUGAUAUAUUGUAUAUGUAUAUAUAUAUAAUUCUUACACAUCGCCACCUAUGACCUAUAUGUGCUACAUGAUUGUUACAUAGCGGUGGCAUAUACACAUAUAUACACGUUCUGGAAUUUCAUAAAUGACGUUCUAACGUGAAUUCCAAUAAAAACAAGAAAACAGAUACAACCACCCCCUAUGUUUUCCAGCAAUAACACCGUACUGUAUUGUUGAGGGUUAUCAAGUAUAAAUACAGGCAAAUUUACAAUAUUUGUAUAAAGAAUGUAAAUAAGUAAGGAAUACGUAUUAACAAAGAAAAUAAGUCAAGUGGCGUGCUUUUGUCCCGACGCCAUUUUG